AUGAUUAGUGCAUUAUUCUUAAUGAAUGGAAAAGGAGAGGUGUUAAUAUCACGUAUCUAUAGAGAUGAUAUUAGCCGUGGUGUUGCAAAUGCAUUCAGAUUAGAAGUUAUUGGAUCUCAAGAAACAAGAUCACCAGUAAAAUUAAUUGGAUCAACUUCAUUUAUGUAUAUUAAAGUUGGUAAUAUUUAUAUUGUUGGUGUAUCAAGACAAAAUGUUAAUGCAUGUAUGGUAUUCGAAGUAUUACACCAAUUGGUUGACAUUUUUAAAUCAUAUUUCGAUAAUUUAGAUGAAGAUUCAAUUAGAAAUAAUUUUGUUUUAGUUUAUGAGUUAUUAGAUGAAAUUUUAGAUUUUGGUUACCCACAAAAUUGUUCAACAGAUGUAUUAAAACUUUAUAUUACUCAAGGUCAAGGAAAAUUAAAAUCACUUGAUAAAUUAAAACAAGAUAAAAUUUCAAAGAUUACAAUUCAAGCAACAGGUACAACACCAUGGAGAACACCAGAUAUUAAAUAUAAGAGAAAUGAACUUUAUAUUGAUGUUGUGGAGAGUGUAAAUUUGUUAAUGUCAGCAGAAGGUAAUAUAUUAAGAGCAGAUGUAUCAGGACAGGUUAUGAUGAAAUGUUUCCUUUCUGGUAUGCCAGAAUGUAAAUUUGGUAUGAAUGAUAAGGUUAUUAUGGAUAGAGAGAAAUCAACAAAUGGUGGUAGUGCCGCUAGAAGUGGAGCACGUCGUGCAAAUGGUAUUGAAAUCGAUGAUAUUACAUUCCAUCAAUGUGUACGUCUUGGUAAGUUUGAUAGUGAUCGUACAGUAAGUUUCAUUCCACCAGAUGGUGAAUUCGAAUUGAUGCGUUAUCGUACCACUGAACAUAUCAAUCUACCAUUCAAAGUUAUACCAAUCGUUAGAGAGAUGGGUAGAACUCGUUUAGAGUGCUCCGUCACUGUUAAAUCAAAUUUUAGUAGUAAAAUGUUUGGUGCAAAUGUUAAAGUAAUCAUUCCAACACCUAAAAAUACCGCUGUCUGUAAGAUUGUCGUUGCAGCUGGUAAGGCUAAAUAUAUGCCAGAACAAGAUGCUAUCAUUUGGAGAAUUAGAAGAUUCCCUGGUGAUACUGAAUUCACUCUCAGAGCUGAAGUUGAACUUAUGGCAUCCGUUAAUCUCGAUAAAAAAGCUUGGUCACGUCCACCAAUCUCUAUGGAAUUCCAAGUUACUAUGUUCACUGCCUCUGGUUUCUCUGUUCGUUUCCUUAAAGUCGUUGAAAAAAGUAAUUAUACACCAAUUAAAUGGGUUAGAUAUUUAACAAAAGCUGGUACCUAUCAAAAUCGUAUUUAA